CCUGUCUGCAGCAGCAGAAUCCGGAAGAAGAGAAAUUAUACAGUUGCCCAGCAGAGAUGCCUCUUUGCUGUCUCAGCCUGGAGGCCUGUGGUAACAGUUACAGUAGGAACAUCCCACCUGGAAGUCUUCCAGUGGACAUCAUUGUAUCCUGAGAACCCACAAUUUCCUGGUCCUCACCAAGUUCUGGAUAGCCAGCUGAAUUUUGAGCUGGAGAUGCUGAAUAUGGAGCACAAAAAAGUGAUGGUGGACCUGGAGAAAUUCCCUAAUGAGAUUAGUGAGGCCUUGAACAAGUGCAAGGAGUUGACCGAGGAAACGGUCUCCUACAGCAUCCUUCACAGCCAGCUCCUGAGUGAGUGGACUCAUCUGAAGGAAAAAGUGAGCAUCUUGAGAGAGGAGAACCGAAAGCUGAGGGGGGAGCAAAUUUCACUACAAGAGUCCUGUGAGGAGCUGAGGAGGCUCUGUGGGGAGGCCCAUGAGAAGAUCUAUGACCUCUGGGCCAAUUAAAAGCAGCAGCAGAAUCCGGAAGAAGAGAAAUUAUACAGUUGCCCAGCAGAGAUGCCUCUUUGCUGUCUCAGCCUGGAGGCCUGUGGUAACAGUUACAGUAGGAACAUCCCACCUGGAAGUCUUCCAGUGGACAUCAUUGUAUCCUGAGAACCCACAAUUUCCUGGUCCUCACCAAGUUCUGGAUAGCCACGGCAGAAUCUAGAAGAUGAGAGAAGUUAUACAGUUGCCCAGCAGAGAUGCCUCUUUGCUGUCUCAGCCUCAAGGCCCGUGGUAACAGUUGCAGUAGGAACACCCCACCUGGAAGUCUUCCUGUCAACAUCAUUGUAUCCUGGGAACCCAAAAUUUUCUUCUCUCCACCAAGUUGUGGAUGACCAGGAGAGGAGUGUCUCAGGUGUCUGCUGGUUUCUUCUCCUUUUCACAUGCUUCAGUUUACCCAAGGGACAGCCUCCUCAACCUUACUCAGAGCUGCACAAGACAAAGCCUGGCUUCAGACUCCCCAAAUCUGGCCUCAGCAGCCAUGAGAAUGGUGGCACAGUUCACAUGACUUUUUUGAGACACAGGCUCUCCUGGAACUUGCACUGCAGUCAGUCUUCCAUUCUCCUCCUCAUUUCCCAAUUGGUUGAGAUCAUGGCAUGCAUCACUAUGCCCAGCAACUUUUUUUCUAUUUCUAAAUGUUCGAACAUCCAGAAACAACCAGAGUGAGGUCAAGAUCAUGAUGGGGAAAACCACAGAGAUAGCCUACCCAAGCUGGAAACUCUUGGACUCUGGCGGGAACAAGCACAGGAUCAAACUAGGUCCUCUGACUGUCGGUGACAGUCUGGGUGAUCACCUGCAUCUUCAAGUGACCAUGUUCAGCACUGACUGUGAACAUACCUAUCUGUCCUGAAGCAGACAGCUGGAAGAGGCAGCCUGCUGGUGGAAGACACAGCCUACUAAGCCUUUGUCUCAGUAUAGAAAAUAAAAAGGAAGCCAGAAGUUGGCUUUUUGUAUUACUUAUCAGUUCCUCUUUAUCUGUCUGCCUCUCAGGGAAGACUGUGUAAUUCUUUUUCCCUCAAAUUAAUGAGUUUAUUGAGGUUAUUACAGGAGUAUAGGUAUGGUAUUACUUAUAGGAAUAUGAAUAACUCUAAUGUGUGGCAUCACAAAGGCUCACAUUAGAAUGGGUGACUCAUGAAGACUAGAACUCUGAAUGUGUCUGCAUGACUUGUUUGCAGCUGAAUGAGACAGAGGGUCUCAUUUCCUCAGUUCUCCUUAAUUACACCUAUUUAACCUUGGGAGCGGAAGGGCCUUGUUAAUCCUGUAAAUUUCAGCUUUCCCAGCCAUGGUUUAAUUGCUGAGUAUUAUGAACCUCCUCUCUCUUUCCACAGAACUUUCUGAGACUUAAGGAAAUAGUCCUACUCAGGGAAGAGCACACCAGUUGGAUACUCAAUAUUAAAUGAUCAGUCCUGAAAACAUAUAUGCUAGCUAUACAGAAUGAUUGGUUUACAUUUAGGAAUAUAUAACUAUAUGGAUACACACACACACACACACACACACACACACACACACACACACACAUAUAUAUGUCUUCAUGCACAUAUAUAUGUAUAUGAACAUAGCAACAAUUAAUGAAUAUAGAGGUCAUAAAUUAGAAACAGAGCAAGGAGGAGUGUAGUGAGGGUUUGGAAGGAUGAAAAAUAAGAGAAAAUAAUGUAAUUAUUGUCUCAAAAAUAAUAGAAAAGUAUUUCAUGUCAUACAAAGGAAAAUUGUUACACAACAUUUCACCCAUUCCUUAAAAUGUUAGUUGUUUGUAUAAGUUCACAUUGUCCCAUGGAGCUCUGCAAAGGCACUAAAGGCAAACACAAGUCCUGAAGUCCCUGGUGAAUCAACCAUUUUAUGUUUGACCUCUUCUGUAAGCACAGCCCAGUGCUCUAUCAUGCCCAGUGAAUUGGCCGCAAAGCACUGCUUCUCUCAUAUAUAUUUUAUCAGGAAAACCCCAUCCUUCCUUCAUCAUCUUCCAGUGUGUGUGAGACCUCUGCUUGUGAUAACCAAGCAUCCCCAAUGCUUCCUGUGAGCCAGUCCAUCAGGAAAUAAUUUCUCUCAGAUUUCAUUAGAUUACAUAGCCUGUAUUUCAAGGAGGUUUUUGUAAGUGUCUCACCUACUUUCCCACUUCUAUAGCAUUCAGAUUGAUCUCGUCUGUUCACAUAGCCUACAAUCCCAUGAGCCAAGCUUUGACAGGAGGUUUCAUUGAUCUUUUGAAAGUCUUUUGUAUCAAGUAGUUGAGAGACAGAAUGCUCCCUGACUAAGACAGGCUCUUUUUGCAGGCCAUUUUAAGGCUAUCAAAUGCAAGUUCUAGCAUGGAUUUUCCUUUUCUCUGUAUAAAAGGUUGAAACUAAGUGGCAUCUUCUAUCACUUUUAUUUCAAACAGAGAAUUACACUCUAAUUGUAUACAAAUGUAAUGAAUUUUGUCCUAAGGAAUUUUAAUAAAUACAGCAGUUUCAUAUAUGAUCUUGAUUUUUUUCUCUUCCGUAAAAUUUCUGACUUAUGACUUUUCUGGGUUUGAGUACAACUUUCCAUUUCCAUUUAGAAAACUCUACAGAUUUUACCUCUUGACAAGAAUUUAUUUAGUCAGAAAACAUUUUUGUAAACUUCAUGAUAGAGAACUAAUAAACACUGAAUAUUUCAACUCAUUGAA